AUGGAGCCCGACUUCAUACCGCGAAAGUCCAUCUGUCUGGGCCAACCGCUGCCCCCAAAUGUCGUUAUUCACGACAGUGACCCGAACUUCCGUCCAGGCAUGGAACGUCUGUAUCCUUCGAGUGUCGACAGCAAUAUUCUGGAAGAGCUGGUCAUCCUCAAGUCUAAGCUACGAUUGCUCAACAACGACGACUUCUGGUCCUUCGUAUCCGAGCGCAUAGCCGAAAUACUCGGAGCACAACUCUGCUUCAUCGCCAAACGCAUCCUGGUCGACGAACAAGACUCGGCCAUUGAAAUGCCCCCAAUUGGAGAGCCAGGCUCCUGUCUGAUGGCAAGCGCUUGGUACUACAACGACGGCAAGGGUCUGCAGGGUGUCGAUAAGGGCUUCAAGUUCCACGCAUAUGGCUGCCCAUGCUCUUACAUGCGUCACGACAAGGUCUUUGUCGUUCCCGAAAAGGUCAGCGAGAUAUUCGCCAACAAUCCAAACAAGUUGCCCGUCACUGCCGAAGCCUACAUUGGUAUUCCUCUGUUUGCUGACGGCAAGUGUAUUGCACACUUCGGUGUCAUCUGGUCUGUCGAGGGUGCUGCUAAGAAGAAACUUUCAUGGGCCUUGAUUGAAAUGUUCUUACACGCUUUGGAAGAUAUCAUCCUGGAACGCAUGCUCCAAGGCUCCGAGUUCAAAGACAAGCAAACCGCCACCAGAGACCUGCCGCGUGUCAUUCCCCACGAAGUCAUCACCGCCGCCCAAUCUUUGCAACCAUACGCAAAGAGCUUGUCUCAUGAACUGAGAACGCCCAUGCAAGGUGUGGUUGGUAUGCUCGAUGUUAUGUAUGCCACUGUCCAAGAAGCCGCAGAAGGUCAGACGGAUGCAGGUGUUCGCCAAGUCUCGCGUCGUGCCGUCGAGGCCGCUGACAACGUCGUACACGCUUACGACAUGAACUUGGGUAUUCCUACAGGACCACUCCUCAACGAAGACGCUAUGGACGAAUUUCCAGAAUUCAGUCAUGCUUCUCAUCCUGAAAUCCUCGUUGCUGGAUCCGAUCUGCCCAUUUCGAGGCCAAACAAACGCCGCCGAGAGGAACCCAAGAAUGAGCCGGAAGGAAGUCCAUCUAAAGUACAAGCCACUCUUGCCGCCCGCGCAGCAAAGGCUUCUCCUACCGAGGGCAUGAAGAUGGGUGUCCACGAAGCUGAACAUCUUCCCCAAAGCGCCGCUCAACACACAAUGCCCAUGAGUCCUCGACCUAUGAUUGCUGCUCUGCAAGGUGAUCGUGCCAUCGCUCCUGGUGUUAGACACACGAACCUCCGUCGGGUCUUGCAAUACGUCGUCAAUGAGGGCUUGAAGGUUGGAGGAAGACCGGAGUCUGCCAUUGCUCAAGAAACAUAUCUCGGCGAGAUCAUCGAAGUUUGCACGCGAUCAGCAAAGGGUGAGCCCAGGACCAAACUCAUUGAGUGGUCUGUGGAUGCUGCUGUACCCGAAACAAUUCUCGCCGACGAGAAAGAUCUUGCCAAACUGAUAUCCUGCGUCUUUUUGAACGCCACUAAAUUCACGGAGCAAGGAAACAUUACCCUCUUAGCAAAGCUGAGCCCGAAAUCCCGAUACAUCGUCAUCAAGUGUACGGAUACAGGUCCUGGCAUCCCUUCAGCAUUUCUUCCACGCCUCUUCCAACCAUUCUCACAAGAAGACCCAUCUCUCACUCGUCAAAGCGAAGGCCUUGGUCUCGGCCUUCUGGUGGCUAAAGGUCUAGCGCGAAAACUUGGAGGAGAUUUGUUCUGUAUCCGCGCAGACACCACUGGACCUAAGCGGGGCUCUGAGUUUGAAAUGAGAAUCCCCCUUAGGGCUGGUGAUACCACUACUCGUCCCCCAUCGCCUUUUGGAACACCAUCACAUAACAGAGUGCGCCAGUCAAAUUCGAUCGAUUCAGACGGACGUCCUUCCCCCAUGCCCAACUUCAGCGGCUCACAUGCACGUACUCGAAGCGACAACUCGACCAAGGAUUUACCUUCUCCGACAGAGAAACCUGCUACCAGCGGAUCAUCCGCGGCACCUGCUGUCAGAAGUCCUCCAGCACUUAUGCAUAGCCAAUCCUUCCCUAUGCCGUCCUUCCCACCCAAGCAACCAAGUGCGAGUGGCCGCAAGUCAUCAGCAUCGAUCAACGGUAUCGAUCGCAAUCUAGCUGCCAAGUAUCCCCUAAAUUUCCUGGUCGCAGAGGACAACAAGAUCAACCGCAAGCUUCUUGUUAGUAUGCUCAACAAGUUUGGUUACAAGACAGUGAUCGAAGCAUACGACGGCGCCGAGGCUGUUCGACAAAUGUCGAAGAACCCUUCGGUUGACGUUGUGCUCAUGGACCUCUGGAUGCCCUUCAUGGACGGUUACGAAGCCACUGAGAAGAUUCUUGCCAUGAGCCAUGGCAAGAAUGGCGCUUGUGGUGGUACACCGACUGUUCUAGCCGUAACAGCGGACGUCACCGAUGGUGCCCUUGAGAGAGCCGCCAAAGUUGGCAUGAAGGGGUUCAUGACCAAGCCAUUCAAGCUCAUGGACCUUCAACGUCUGAUUCUAGAAUACUGCGCUCGCAGCGGCAGCGAGGUCGAGGGUGGAGAGUAA